UACAAUCUUAAAUGGGAUUCACAUUUCACAGUCUGUGACCGAGCUCACGUCACGUGCCACGCCGUUUCCCUCUAUAAAAUAACAAAUUAUUAUACACGCCACUAAGAAUUGACAUAUUGAAGUCAGCUUUGGCUGAAUCUGAAGAUCAUUCUACCUGCCCCACCUGCUUCCAUUAUUGUAAAAGCAACCUUCCGCAUAACCCGGUCUCAAGAAGUAAAACCCACUUGAAUGCUUGGCGGGUCCCCGACAAUGGACUGUCAUCCAACCGUCAAUUCACCAUUUGUUGGCUUAAACGAUCAUUCAAUAAAUAAAACAGAGGUCCAAUAAAAAGACAAUAUGUAUGGCCCAGAAUAGCUGAGCUGAGACUUUUUUCGUUGCAAAAUAUAGUCCUCAGCCACAAGCGAGGAAGAUAAUUCAGAGAUUGAAGAUUUCAACAAGAUGAUUAAGGAAGGUUGCAGCCUCGACGGGAACUUGGAUGAAGCAAAGUUCGGCGAGCCGUUGCCAUUUAUUGGCAUCUAUGUAGCAGCAGCUUCUUUGGCAUGCGCAGUUGCUAUGGCUGUAGAUGCUAUCCAGGGCUUUUACUAUCGAAAAUUUUGGUUUCCCUGCAAAUAUUUCACUCUUAAUGCUACUUCCCUCACAAUAAUAGCUGUCGCAGUCAAAUUUUCAGUGGAUCUAAAUACCGCUAUGCCUCGCAAAGACGACCAGCUUGCCAAGCUCAGUAGCGCGGCUCUAUUAUGUAUAACAAUGGGUAAUACUAUGCCUUCCCUUGGCACCAUGGAGAACAAAGAACUGCUCAUGAACAUUAUGGCUCUGGGAAUACUUGUUAUCACCGUGGUUGUUAAUAUCUGCAUCCAACUGGGUACUGGCGUAAUCUUUAUUUUCUGGAAAGAACAUGCCUUUAUUUUGUUUCUCAUGCUUGUAAUGCUUGCUCUCCUAAGUUUUUCGGCUCUAACUGUGCCGGUGACUAAGCGAUAUCUAGAGAUUAAGUACAAUAAAAAGUACCAGUUAGCUCUCAAAGAAGGUUCAAAUGAAGCAAAUAUUCCAUUGUUUCAGAAAUUGAAAGAAGAUCUAAUGAAAAUUUGGAUAAUGGCUCAUACCAGCAGCCCGCAGUUCGUGAUUGGGCGAUCAGUUACGUGCGCUGCCUCAGGUGCGUUGUGCCUGCUGGGUGCCAUGACUUUAGCACAAGCCAUACUUCGAUCUUACUUGAUGCCCUGGUCAUUCCGAUUCUGUAAUGGGAAGUCCGACUAUAAGUGGUCAACCAUUGUUGUUCUCGUUACACAGACCUUUACUGUUGGAGUAGGAACUAUUGCCCCUGCAUGUAGAUGGUUCACUGCCAUAAACUACAGAUGCCCAACUAGAGGGAAGAAGAUCAUCUGCACUAGGCAGGUCUUCAAAGUAGAGAAGUAUUGGAUCCAGAAACUGAUUGAGCUGAAGGAAUGCCCAUUAGUUUUUCGAAUCCAAAAUCGGCAUUGCAGGAAGCUUGUCCACUUUGCCAAAAAUCAAUUUCUUAACAUGUGCAUAGGCAUGCAAACAGGGAUUGUGCUCGGAAGCAAAGCUGUUCAACUAAUUGCCGUUUACCUUGUAGGCCAUAUUCUGUUGAUCUGUGAUCACUGCAGAGAGUUGAAGAAGAAAUUCAAACCCAAAAACAGCUUUUCAAUCGACUCAAUAUCGGAAUCACAAUCCAGCUCAAAGCCGGAUCUCAGCCGUUUUGUUUUGCAUCUUGAAGGUGAGGAUGAACUAGUUAAGCUCAUAAUGAAGGACAAUUGUGAUGCUACUAAUCACUGGAUGCGGAUGGGCAAAAAGAAGCAGCCAAAACAUCUAAUUAAAUUGUUGAAACAAUCAACGGGCUCAAAAGGAUUCAAGGGAGUGCAAGACUUUGACAGUUACCUAGUUCCUCAUCUAGACAUUGAGGAACCUCCAAAUUGUUGGGCUCUUGCCGUAGUGACUCUUGCCAGCAUUGCAGUCACACUUCCAAACAUCGAUAGCCGUUUAGUCAAGCAGUUGCUCUGGGGAGUGCAUGAAGGCCUCGGGUAUGUGAAAACCAUUGAAGAAAGCCUAGAUGAAAAAGGAGAUUUGAUUAACAUCAGGAAGGCAGCUGAAGUUGUAUGGCUAGAAGUUGAUCUCUAUCACAAGUGGCUAUGUGUCGAUCUCACUAAACUGUCCCUGCAAGCAAACAGCCCCAGGGAUGUACUCGAAGCACUAACUGAUGCUGCAAAGAACAGGUUUGUGGAACACAAGAAGACAUACAUGACUCAAUGUUUCUUUAAGGAAAGCCCUUCAAAGUGGCCCCGCGAGUUGUUGGCAUCAAAUUCUAUGUAUAGAAUAACCCAAACACUCCUACUAAAUUACCAAAGUACAACCAACCAGACAAGUGAAAAAUUGCUUGAAGUACUUACUGUCAUGAUCUCUGAUAUCAUGGGUGCUUGUAUCACCAACAUACCACGUGCAAUAUCCACCAAGUGUUUGAGCAGCACUAUUGAGGAAAGGAAAAAAAGUGUGCGGCAAACGGUUUUCAUUCUUGGUAAAAGUAGAGAGAUUCUCAAUCUUCUAGACCAAUGGAGGCUCCCAAAUUUACACCCUGAUCAAAUGGCAUACAUUGAUGAAUGGCGUUCGUUAAGAAAGCUGGAGGACAAUUUACUCUCCUUCCAAUCUUUGCCAGAGACUGACACAGUUUCUUCCACUUCAAGUGAGUUGCGCCUAACCAUUGAGCAAGAGACACAAGCUUGGAGUUGAAAAACACACGUAGCUUGCAUUUGGUUUCUAGUCAGUAGUCAUUGCAGGCUCGCUGUAAGGAAUGUAGAAUUCAGUUGCAUGUAUCAUGUUCCGAGUACCAUAAUGCAUAAUCCAUAUACUUAUGUAAAAGAGGGACUCACAUCCUCUUGAUUUGUGAAACUAGAAAUACCUAUAUCAUAUGUGUUACUUGUACCUGGUAAUGCAUUAAUGGCAUAAGAUGAUCUCAACUAUUGUGAUAA